AUGUUAUCAGAACAAAUUAAGUAGAUGCUAAACAAAUAAACUAAACCCUUUCUCUCAUAGACAUUCUCUCGAAAAACAAGCACUCUUAAUAAAAGAUCAUAAGCACUCUCGACUUUAAGUGCUCAAGAUCUCCCCUCAUAUUCACCAUCUAAACAGAUUCUAUCUGAUUAAAAACCUACAAGAUUCUAAACUUUAGAGCAUCAGAACACUCAAUAACCAAGUUCUCAAAAUGCCAAUUCAGUUAGUUGCUAAACCAAUAUGUCGCUUUGUUAUUUUGAUGAACCUUUACCUGACAUUCCUCCUUCAGAUCCAAUAUGGUUAAAAAUCAUACCAUAAGAAAUAUUAAAAGGUUCAUCUGUCGAACAACUAUUUAGUGAAAAUAAAGAAUAUAUUUAUUACUUAUUGAGUUUGUACUUCAAAGACUAAAAGCAAGGAGAUUUCAAUAUGAAUAAAUUUAAAUAACCUAUUAAAUGCAAAACUCGAUAUGAAAAUGAUUUCUUAUAGAAAACUAAUGAAAAAGUUCAACUUAAUAAAAAUUCCAUUUAUGAAAAUUAUAAGUCUCCUUAACAUUUUCAAUUUUCCUAAACUUCAUAUAAAACUGACUUUACAGGAUAUGCACCUCAAAAUUAUAAUGUUAAAAUAGAUAAAUUAAAAUAUGAUAAAGCAAAACAACAAAUUGCCACUCUAAUAUCUUACAAAGUAUUAAGUAUUUCUUAUUUUUAGACUAAUGAUACUAAUUUUGAAUUUAAUCCAAAAUUGAAUAGAAUGACAGCUCCACGAUUAUCUACAUCUACAGAAUAAAUAAUCUAACCUUAAAAGAAUUACAAUUAAAUUUUUGGAUGGCCUUAAAUAAUAGAAUAACCUUAAAAUUGCAAGAAUAAUUACUCAAAAUUGUAUCUCAUUUAUUCUUUAAUUAAGAAAUCCAUUAUCAUCCAAGGGUAUGUUUUUAGACAAACAAUCUGAAUCAUAUUUUUAAUAUCCACUUCAUCCAUUGCCAAAAUCCAGCAAAACUUAUCUUAAAUAAUAUUCAACAAUUAUAAAAAGGUAUGAUUAUCUUCUUAAAUUCUAGAGAUAUUUAAGGACCCAGAAUUGGAGAUGUUACUUAAAUGAAAAAUUGGAGAUAAAGUGUUAUUAAAAAAAUGAAUCACUUAAGAAGGUAAUCAUAGGACUGA